UGAAAACCAGCAGUUUUGUAGAUUCUUAACGAAGAGAUGUGCAAGUGGGAGUCAAGGUCGCAUUAUCCCACAUCUGUCAGUUGUACAGGUUCACUAAAGGUUCUUGAUGUGCAAAAGAACAACGAUAUGGUAUUAUUUCCUCGCGUCAAUCGGAAAUUGAUGUCAGUUAACAGUGCAAUGCCCCGAACGACAUGGCAUGAAAUAGGUUUCAAUGACGCAAAAAACCAAUGUGUAUAAGCGUGAUGCGUCUGCAGUCUGUGCAGCCAAAGCACGUAAAGAAGGGCAUGGAAUCUGACAGGAGGUUGGGCUAGGUAAACAUGAAUUGUUUUAUUUUGAUUUAGUGGAGUUUAAAAAGCUGAGUUAGGACAACUUGCAGUGCAGUUUAGGUAUAGCACAACGUCAACGCAGCAUCAUCAUAAUAUGUGUUGAAGACGACACAGAAUACGAGACAAGGAAGAACCACUGUAGUUAAUCAUGCUCUGCGAGCAAUAUUAGUGCUGUCAAAACUCCUUCACACCUGAAGUGUGGAUGCCUCUCACCAGCUUUUCUCCUCAGAACCAGGUAAAACCAUACAUUUGAUAAGGAGUGAGGGCAAGUCAUUCAUAAACAUUUAGAAGAGCAACAAGUACACAGGCUGAAAGAUACUUGCUAAGUAGACAAACUGUUUUAACGAAGAUACUUGCUGCAGCAACCAUGUACUCAGAUUCAGCACGUCGAAAACGCCUUCUGUACCAUUAUGCAAGGCGCCAUACCUCUCCAGCAGUUGGUUUGGAAGAAGAGGAGGAAAUAAUCUUGAGAGAAAAAUGUCUAAAUGUGCAUAAACAGCCUCUGAUACAGGAUUCUGGUCUGUCCUCUUCUAUCGAUACCGAUACAGACACUAACUCUGAACUGGCAGAGAUUGACGAGGACUCGGAUGUCGGUUGUUUGCUUCAAAACAAGGAGGCCGAACGUGCCUCAAGACGCCGGCGAUUUUCUGAAGAACGCAGUCGAACCGUGCCUGCUGAGAUCAUAACUCUGCGAGAAGCCAUUGCAAAAAAGCUUGAAAAAGAAAGAGACAGGACGCAAAGUGCACCCUCUUUUCUUCUGAGCAAAGUUAAAGAGAGAAUCGAAAGACAUAUUUUACAUUCGAGUGAUGGACCCACGUCUGCCGCCAUUUUUGAGGACAGACGGCAGCGCAUGUUAAGCGCGUGUCUUGAUGAACGUUCCGCACAGAAAACGGAUGAAGAUCAGGAAGGAUAUGAUUUAGUUAGUCGGGAAUUUACCUCUACCAAAGGAGGGAAGGGAAUUUCAAUACGAGGUCACAAUUGCAGGCAACAUUACUCUUUUUCUGCAGUCCCAAACCUCAAACAAAAAGACAUUGAAUCAGGAGUGGUGUGUUCGAACGAAGACCUAAGAGCCAUCUUACAAGUGUACAGAAAACCCUCCCUUCAGUACAAACGAACCCAAUCUUUGGACGAAAGGCGUGAAAGUCUGUUCAAGCAGCUUUCGACCCAUUCUGCUCCAUGUAAAAUCGAAGGCGAUUCUCAGGGAUGUUCAGCCGGAUGUUCCAACGCCACAAGUACUGAAGACAUCAUGGGACAUACAGAUCAAAUAGAACUUCUACUGGAAAAUAAAUUGGCAAAUUGUUGCUCCCUUGGGAAAAUUGAACAUCGCAGAAUGCAGACUGAUGGUGGUGAAUUCCAAGAAUCUGGCCUACACACCGGUGAUACGGAAAAGCAAAAUGAACAGAAAUUGGCUAAGGUUCGGGAUGUUACUUACGAUGAUGAUGGAUUAACAUGGGACAUAUACGGAGCUGACUUUGAUGUACAAAUUUUAGGAGAUGCCAUUCAGAGACAUCUGCAUGUUAUGUCUGAUAAAGAAUUACAAUUUGAACACGACAAAAGUGAAGAGUCACAAAACAAUGGAAAGAGAAUUAGACUUCGUAACCUCUGGCAACUGCUGCUUUGUAGGAGACAAAGAACAAGAGUAACAUAAAUCUUGUGACUUAUCUCUAUGGUUACAUGCCAUUUGAGUAUGCUCAGUUUGUCCACUUAACCAAAUUAACAUUUCUUGGUUGUUAUAGUUGGCAAGGGCAAAAAGUUAUUGUAGAGAAUUUAUAUAGGGGAUUUCAAUUAAUUUCCCUGUGACUGUUUCUGUUUUGGCAAAACAUUCCUGGAUUAAAUGGGAAAGAAUGUAGGGGUAAAAUUUUGUAUCUGUUAUAGCAUAUGAUGAUUUAAUCAAAUAUUGCACAUCCUUUCUCAGAAUAUACUGUUUACUAGACAGCUGUUGCUAGGUCAAGUCUUAUCGGCAUAGAUAAGGCCAUGACAGAACGUCCUUUAGGCUAACUAGCACUCGGCGAAGCACGUUUUUUAGCUUUGAUAAUCACGCAGAGAAAGAUAAUUGUCCAUCACAUGUUAUUCCCCGCCGCACAUUUUGUUGGCACUCAUUUAUUUGCACCCACGUAAAAGGAGAUGUGUCUUUUCUCGGGAAGGUCUUUACUAACGUAGACCUUGGGGGCUUGUGAGUUAACACAGGAUUUUUUUUCUUAACUGGGGCCUAUUAUUUUCCAGCACCUUCAACCUUUCAAGUACAGUACGUAGAUCUGGGUGUUGUGGAUAGCAUUGCAUUCUCUGGCAUAACCUUUAGCCAUAGAAAGGGACACUUUUUUAUUUAGACACGAGAGAUGUAUUAGACUGUCGAGGGUCAUCUUGCGCCCUUUUAAAAAUAAAUGAAUAAGUGCAGUGCAAUGAUCAGUGACAAUCAACUACCCUUGUCACUUCAUGUAACUUAUUGACGACGUUACUAAGUUGAGUUUUAUCUUUUUGUGAGAGCCCCAGUUUUGGGAAAACGGAAUAUCUGCUGUAAAUAACUUUUAACAUUUCAAUAUUGGCAUUUAUGAAGUGUUGUUUUUACCCAUAUUAUAUCACUUGUCUUUAUUUCACUUUUCAACCGAUAUUUUAUGUCUUAAUAUACGGAAAUAAA